UAACAUUCAAAAUUGAAAAAAGUUAAAACAAAGCAAAAACUCUUUCAGAAUCAGUUCUCAAUUCUCUGAUUGAAGAGUGAAAUGGAUGUUGAAAAUCAGAAUCCGGAUUCAGAGUUUCCGUUCUGGAAACCCAUUCCUCGUAGAUUCCAACCCGAUUCCCCUUUCUUCGCUAUCGGUAACCUCGAACGAGAACUUCUUGUUAAACAGGUUGCUUUGGAAUUAACUGAAGAGAAGGAACAGCUAGAGGAUUUCAUACAAGAAGAUGGAAGGGAAGUCUUCUGUCCCAUUGUUGGGUGUGGAGCGCGUUUGGCUUCAAUGGAGGACUUUGAAAAUCACUAUAAUGCAAGACAUACUGCAUCCUGUUCUGUGUGUUUUAGAGUCUACCCAACAUCACGUUUGCUUAGCAUUCAUGUAUCGGAAGCUCAUGAUUCGUUCUUUCAGGCAAAAGUUGCACGUGGCUAUGACAUGUAUGAAUGCUUAGUGGAAGGUUGUGGUUUGAAAUUCAAAAGCUACAAAAGUAGGCAUCAGCAUCUGGUCGACAAGCAUAAAUUCCCUACAUCAUUCGAGUUUUUCAAGAAGGCUCUGCCUUCAAAGAAACACAGGAUGAAGUCUCAACGCAAAAAACCUUCUCAUUCUCAUAAGGAGGAUACUUCAGGAAUGAUGGAAGUGGAAAAUGCAGCCAUAGAUGACCUUGUUUCAGCAGUCUCUAAAUUGAAUACUUCUGACUCAACUCCUUCAUCUAUCAGCUUUGGUCGCCGUAACCCCAAAGGCAUGACAUUUGUCCCACGAGCUGUUCAGCAUGGGAAGGGAUCAAACUCAGAUUCAUCCGUUACAAAGAGAUAAUAAGCUUUCACUCAAACCAAUCUGCAUUCUUGAUUGAUGAAUGAUAGAUCGAUUGAUCUCCGGAUACUGUCUUGUUACAAAAUCCCUGUAGAUGUCUUAUGUCCCAAGGUUGAAGUAGCUGAUUAAGUUGAAAAUUGGAAAAUAUAAUCAUGUUGGAGUAUGUAAUAACAGCAUGCUUUUAGAUUAUCUUUUUGUGCUCUCACUUGGGCUAAGUGAGCCUAAUAUAGGCAUUGUUCCCAUGAAAUGUAUAUCUGGCUAAUGAUUUGGAGAUUUUGAGCUAUUUAGACAUAUAACUUAUAAUC